AUGGAACAAAAAAGAAAAAAAAUAUCUGGAAGUCAAUACAAAAAGAAACGCCUAAAGAAUGAGGAACAAGAAAGAAAGCUCAGCAAUGUUAUGAAGAAAUUCUUAGUACAAAAGUGCGGUUUAGAUGAGCCAUCCACAUCAGCAGCAACUGAUUUGCCGAACAGCACAUCCACGUCAAUUGCGACUGCCUUGGAUUUGGCAAAUAAAAACACAGUGCCGCCCCAAUCAAUUCCAGAAAAAAUUGUUGAAGAGAUCCAAAAAAUAACAUCAUCAGAAGUUCAUCAAGAACCGGGCCGCAUUAGCAGUGGCAGUCAGCAGGUAUUAAAAGAAAUUCCUUCAGAUCCUGCAUUAUGGCUUACUUUCUGCAUGUCAUCUCAAACUCGUCAACUACUGGUUGAGAGGGGUCCCCAUCAAAUUAAAGAAUUCGAGUUUCCUAUUAAUAAAGGAAAGCGUAGAUUUUUGCCCUCGUAUUAUUCGAAAGUGUUGAGCAAUGGUGAAGUCGUUGAGAGAAGUUGGCUUAUUUACUCUAUUGCUAGUGAUGCCGUUUUUUGCUUUUGUUGUAUAUUAUUUGAUAAUUCGUCUGAUAUUAGUGACUGGCCCAAAAAAGGCUAUUCUGACUGGAAAAAUCUUAUAAGAGCCCUCACAAUGCACGAAAAGUCUGUAAAUCACAGAAAUGCUUUUAGAGCAUGGAAAGAAUUGGACAUUCGAUUGAAGCAGAAAAAAACUGCUGAAUAUCAACGAAUUAUGGAUAUGGAACUUCAGCAUUGGAGAGGAGUUAUAAAAAGAAUUAUGUCAAUAAUUAAACUAUUGGCCUCACAAUGUUUAGCUUUUCGUGGAUCAACUGAACAUUUGUUUCAACCUAAUAACGGGAACUUCCUAAAGUUGGUAGAAUUACUUUCUGAGUUUGAUCCAGUUAUGGAAGAAUAUAUCAGAAGAGUUCAACGAGAGUCUGAUAAAUGUGAUUCAACCGGAGAAGGUUUGGCAAAACUUAUUCUGACACAUUUGGAAAAAUUAGGUUUUGAGUUAAAGUGGCUUAGGGGACAAGGCUAUGACAACGGAGCCAAUAUGAAAGGACGUUGGGAAGUGCUAAAAAAAUAUGUUUCUCAAUUAACUCUGAAACCAUUAAGUGGCACUAGGUGGGCAAGCAGAAUAGAUGCUUUAAAACCUUUACGAUUUCAACUUUGCGAAAUCUAUGAUGCAUUGAUUCUGAUUAUAGAAGACGUCAAUAGAGAUGCAGAAACUGAAGUUAAAGCGAGAGGGUUAGCAAAAAAUAUUAAAAGUUACAAGUUUAUAUGUGGAGUAAUUCUUUGGCAUGAUAUUUUGUUUGAAAUUAAUUCAGUUUCGAAGCUUUUGCAAUCUGUUACUAUAAAUAUAUCAGAUUGUGUAAGGAUGCUAUCAGAAACCAUAAAAAAAGUGAAAAGUUAUAGACAAUCUGGAUAUAUUCAGAUGAAAAUUGCUGCAAAGGAGAUAGCAGAGAAUCUCGAAUGCAGUACAGAAUUUCCUGAUGACACUGAAGAUAUAGAUGACAAAACGCUAGAAAAUUAUUGUUCCAGUCUUGAGUUUAUACUUUCGGUUGAAAAUGAAACAGAUAUAAAUGCAAAUGACCUUAGAGAAGAAUUGCGUGAUGUAUCCAGAAUGCUACCAUAUUCUACGAAACCUUUGGAUGUUUUAAAUUAUUUAUGCCAAAAUAGCUUAAUUAGUUUGUAUCCAAAUACUGUUGUAGCUCUGAGAAUUUUAUUAACUCUCCCUGUAUCUGUAGCUAGUGGGGAAAGAAGUUUUUCCAAAUUAAAAUUAAUAAAAAACUACUUAAGAAGUUCAAUAGGGCAAACAAAACUUAAAAAUCUGGCAUUAAUUUCUAUUGAAUCUGCAAUGGCUAGCACUCUAGACUACACAUCAAUAAUUAACGAAUUUGCUAAAGUUAAAGUUAGAAGAGUAAAGCUGUAA